GCUGGUGCAUGUGUGUGAGAGAGGGAUACAGGAACUACUGGGGAUACACAGUCUGAUACUACACAGGAACUACUGGUGAUACCGGAUCGUAUAGCACACCGGGCAGGGGCACAGCACACCCUGAGUUCCAUCAAUAAGCGUGAAGUUAGGGGGCAAGUGACAAAGUCUGCGUGUGGCGGGGUAGACAGUCCACACCGCACUGUAUCCCAUACGUUGCCUGCGAGGCCUGGACAGAGAAAACCGGCUGCCGCAUGGAUCCGCCAGCCGGAGGAGGUGGAUUUGGAGGGGUGCCUCCUGGAGCCUACAAAAGUACCAAGGAAAAAAAGAAACUGAAAAACCAGGAAGAAGGAGGAGAUGGAAAGUCUAAGAAAUUUACAUUUAAGCGGCUCAUGGUAGAUGAGCUUGAACGAUUUACCAGUAUGAGGAUAAAGAAGGAAAAGGAAAAGCCUAAUAUGUCACAUCGAAACUCUGCUAAUUAUUCUGAUCCCACCGGUCCUUCCUUAAGUCUGCAGGAGCUUCCAGACGAACAUGUGCUGGCACUUUUUGAACAAAUGUUGGAUGAUAUGAACCUCAACGAAGAGAAACAACAACCCUUAAGAGCAAAAGAUAUCAUGAUAAAAAGAGAAAUGGUGUCCCAGUAUCUUCACACGUCUAAAGCCGGAAUGAACAAGAAAGAGAGUUCCAGAUCAGCUCAGAUGUACAUUCAAGAUCUGAAAUUAGGAAUGGGCGAUGGGCAGCUUCUCAGCUGCUUAGAAUCUUUGAGAGUAUCUCUCAACAACAACCCUGUCAGUUGGGUGCAGAAUUUCGGCGCAGAAGGCCUUUCUUGCCUUUUGGAGAUCCUCAGAAGAUUACAGGACGAACCUGCACCGUCCCGUGAUACAAGAAGUCAACAUGAGAUCAUUAGAUGCUUGAAAGCUUUCAUGAAUAAUAAUUUUGGAAUUAAAACAGUGCUGGAAACUGAUGAUGGUAUUCUGCUGCUGGCGAGAGCUGUAGAUUCCUCGGUCCCCUCUAUGAUGAUUGAUGCCUUGAAACUACUGUCUGCCAUGUGUAUCCUGCCGCAGCCGGAGGAUAUGAAUGAGCGUGUGCUGGAAGCACUAACUGAGCGAGCCGAGAUGGAAGAGAUGGAGAGAUUUAAACCUCUUCUAGAUGGGUUGAGAAGUGGAACUCCUGUAGCACUUAAGGUCAGCUGUAUGCUGCUAAUUAAUGCUAUUAUUAGCCAAGGAGAAGAGUUGGAUUUCAGAGUUCACAUUCGUAGUGAACUAAUGCGCUCUGGGCUGAAUAGUAUGCUAAAGGAUCUUCAUUCCAUGGAAAAUGAGGAAAUGAAGCUACAAUUGAGCAUUUUUGAUGAACACUCAGAGUUUGAUUCUGAUGAGCUGAGGGGGCGCUUGGAUGACAUCCGUGUUGAGAUGGAUGACUUCAGUGAAGUCUUUCAGAUUCUUCUAAAUACAGUAAAGGACUCCAUCGCUGAACCACACUUUCUUUCUAUUCUACAACAUCUUCUACUCAUCAGAAAUGAUUAUGAUUCAAGGCCGCAGUACUACAAAUUGAUAGAUGAGGUUGUGUCACAGAUAAUCCUUCACAGAAACGGAGCUGAUCCUGACUUUAAGUGCAAACAUAUAAAAAUAGAAAUUGAAAGUUUGAUAGAUCAUUUAGUCGACAAGAACAAAGUAGAGAAAAGUGAGGCCAAAGCACGAGAUCUGGAAAAAAAACUGGAUUCAGAGCUAACGGCACGACAUGAACUCCAGGUGGAGAUAAAAGCCAAAGAGAAUGACUUUGAGCAUAAAGUAAAAGAGCUACAAGGAGAAAAACAAGUAUUAGAUUCCGAAAAGCAGCAGAUUGCUACAGAAAAACAGAUAAUUGAAACUGAAGUCACAAAGCUAACAGAGGAGAUUAGUAAACUAACAAAGGAGCUAGAGAAUACAAAAAAGGAGAUGGCUUCAAUUUCUACCUCAUCUGCUUCUCCACCAGGAUCACAAUCUUCUGCUCCUGGUCCACCCCCACCACCCCCUCUUCCUGGUGGAGCACCUCCCCCACCUCCCCUCCCUCCUUUUAUGAAUAUUGGCAUUCCUCCUCCUUUGCCUGGUGUCCCACCACCACCUCCUCUUCCAGGCUCUUGUGGUCCUCCAGCACCUCCACCUCUCCCAGGGGCUUUUGGUAUUCCUCCUCCUCCACCAAUCCCAGGGGGUCCUGGUAUUCCUCCACCUCCACCACUUCCAGGGGCUCCUGGUGUCCCCCCUCCCCCACCACUCCCAGGGGCUCCACCUCCCCCACCACUCCCAGGAGCACCUGGAAUUCCUCCACCACCACCAUUUCCUGGAAUUCCAGGAGCACCACCACCUCCACCAUUCCCUGGUGGUCCAGGAGUUCCACCCCCUCCUCCAGGGAUGAGAGGCCCUCCCCCUCCAGGACUUGGUGCCUGGGGUGCUCCUUCAGUUCCUGUUCUACCUUUUGGAUUGGCUCCAAAGAAGACAUACAAACCAGAGGUGCAAUUGAAAAGGGCAAACUGGUCAAAGAUUACUCCUAAAGAGCUCUCGGAGAAAUCUUUUUGGACCCAAGCAAAAGAAGACCGAUUUGAAAAAGAUGAUCUGUUUGCAAAAAUAGCCCUCACGUUCUCUUCACAGACCAAGUCAAAAAAAGAGCAGGAAGGUGACGAAGAAAAGAAAAAUGUGCCGAAGAAAAAGGCCAAAGAACUCAAAGUUUUAGAUUCCAAAACAGCGCAGAACUUAUCAAUCUUCUUGGGUUCAUUCCGCAUACCCUAUCAAGAAAUUAAAAACAUGAUUUUAGAAGUGAAUGAAGAAGUUCUAACUGAAUCUAUGGUUUCGAAUCUGAUUAAACAGUUGCCAGAGCAAGGUCAGUUACAAAUGUUGGCAGAGUUUAAAAAGGAGUACGAUGAUCUGGCUGAACCAGAGCAGUUUGGCAUUGUCAUGUGCUCUGUCCCUCGAUUGCGCCCAAGGCUCAAUGCCAUCCAAUUUAAAUUGCUCUUUAAUGAGCAAGUAGAAAAUAUCAAACCAGACAUUGUUUCAGUAACAGCUGCCUGUGAAGAAGUGCAAAAAAGCGAGAGUUUUUCUUCUUUGUUAGAAAUUACACUGCUUGUCGGGAACUUCUUAAAUGCUGGUUCGAGGAAUGCUGGUGCUUUUGGCUUUGACAUUAGUUUCCUCUGUAAGUUAAAAGAUACCAAGUCAGCCGACCAGAAGACAACACUGUUACAUUUCCUAGCUGAGACCUGUGAACAGGAAUAUCCUAAUGUAUUAAAGUUUCCAGAUGAAUUGGUUCAUGUGGAAAAAGCCAGCAGAGUGUCUGCUGAAAACUUACAGAAAAAUUUGGAUCAAAUGAAAAAACAGAUUUCAGACCUUGAAAGGGAUAUUGAAAGUUUCCCACAACCUGACGAUGACAAUAAGGAUAAGGAUAAGUUUGUUGAAAAGAUGACAAUUUUUGCAAAAGAAGCAAAAGAACAGUAUACAAGACUGUCCAUGAUGCAUUCCAAUAUGGAAUCCUUGUUCCAGGAGUUGGGACAAUACUUUGUGUUUGAUCCUAAGAAAGUCACCGUUGAGGAAUUCUUUACAGACCUGAACAAUUUCCGAAGCAUGUUUUUGCAAGCAGUGAAAGAUAACCAGAAGCGAAAAGAAGCGGAGGAAAAGAUGAAACGAGCCAAACUUGCAAAGGAGAAGGCCGAGAAGGAAAGGCUGGAGAAGCAGCAGAAGAGAGAACAGCUUAUUGAUAUGACUGCAGAGGGUGAUGAGACGGGUGUUAUGGACAGCCUUCUGGAAGCUUUGCAGUCAGGAGCUGCCUUUAGACGGAAAAGAGGUCCGCGGCAAGACUCUCUCCUGUCCCUCAGUGAGGAGGAGGAGCAGGCCCCGGACCUGCAAACCGGAAAGCAGGCUGUGCUCUUACCUCACUGCUAGCGUCUGAGCUGACUAAGGAAGACGCAAUGUCCACUGUAGCUGCCAAGAAGAAAAAAAGCAAUGAGAAGGACUUAAUGGAAACAGACAUAGGAAUCCAUGAAGACAGCUCAGACAUGCGUACACGUGCAAAUUAACUUUCUGACUUUAAUAAGCAGUUUCCAACAAAAAAGGAAUAUAGGAAAUAUUAAAGUGGUUUUAUUUAAGCAAGAAGAGUCACUUCCAAAUGUCAAGAGUUGGUGGGCAAGGAAUUUCUCCAUUCAGUCUAAAAUUUUGAUAGUUCAUAUAAGAGAUGAUCUUUCUCAUUGAUGUCUUUUAUCGUUUGAAAUUUUUAUUCUUCAUCUCAAAUGAGAAAUGUGGUAGAGGCUAUAUCUUCAGCUUGCUAUGUGAUACAGGCCUAAACCAUAAGAACAGCAUGCUGCAUAUAACAAUGUGUGCUAAGGAAAGGAAACUCUGGGCUAUAUUCUAUGGAGAGUUCUCUAAAAUACACAGUAUUCUGCUAACCAAAGUAUAAAAUACGAUAAACUGCCUUAUCAAAAUCAUCUUUUAUUUUUGUAUAUACCCCUCCUGUUUAGAAAAUACUGAUAUCAAUGUAUUGAAAGGCCUGUUUAUUUUAUAGAAUAUGGAUUACAAUGUAUUUGGUAUCAAAAACUGUAUAGGUCAAAUAUGCAUAUUGUCUAUCAGCCUCUGAGUUACCGCCACUUAUUUUACACAAUGGGUUCCUUUGUCAAUUAAUCUUAUCAAAUUUGUAUGAUAGUAUGCUUAAACGGUUAAGCAAUCAUUAUUUGUUCAAAAUGGUACUUUUUACCUUUCAAUGCUAUGUCUUUUUUGUAUUUUUCUUUUUUUUUCUCUUUCUUUUCAUGACAACAUUAUUGGGCAUAUCAUAGCUUAAUAAGAUCUUUGACAUAAAGUGAGACCAAUAUCUUAAUUUUAUAGGAAAUAUCAAUAAGGACCAUGACAUCGGAACUAAGUAAUCCAUAAAUAUUGGCAAUGACCAAAAGUUAUACCAGUAUAGACCAUGACACUGUAACUUAGUGAUUAGACCUAUAUCUUUGUUAAUUUAUCUUGCAAGUAGCACCCAGGACUUCAUAUUACAGCACCUGCUUUCUAGGAAAGUGUUGCUGCCCUUGCCUCACUUUCUCCUGUUACCUUUAUUACAUUAUCCUGUUUAUGAGUUAGCUUGGAAAACCCAUGCAAUCUUUCUUUGUAUGCAGUUGCAUCAAUGUAAAUCAAUGCAAUGCAUGAACCAUACAUUCCUUUUGCACAGCCAUUGUUUAAAAUCAGGGUUUUAUCCUGCUAAGUUACUUCUCGUUGCUAAGCAAUCUCUUUGGAAAUGUAUCUAUUUUUUUUUGUAAUUUUUAAGUAAAUUGAUUGAAUGUAAAUUAAAUUACAUUGUGGAAUGAGAUAACCAUAGUACAUAUCAGGCUAGUUUAUGAAUUCUACUUGGGUACUGGCAAGCCGUAAGAUCCUCAACUUCCUUUAACUUGGUGAUAUUGGUUUAUUGUCAUGCUUCUGGUAAAAAAGGCCAUGAAACUGAGAAUAAAUGGGUAUGUUUGGCCCUAACAUAAAAAGCAUAACAUAGAAACUUUAUAAUAGGUUGCUAUUUAAUAUAUAACAAACAUAAGCAUAUACACACUUGUACUUAUGUAUACUCCAAAGUCAGCUCUGGGGCACGUAAAGGAGUCAAUCGCAGGGUAAAAAAGAAUAGAAUAGAACAUGGUGUUUUUAAAAUAGGAACCUAUUACAAAGAUUCUGUAUUAAUUAGAAUAACUUAAUUUAUAUUGGCUGUCUUAUUUUCCUUUAAGACUACAAAUCUGCAGCUAUAAGAUUUAGUCAAACACUGCAAUGAUAUCCUUUUUAUUUUAGAAUAUUAAAUUUCUCAAAUGCUGGAAUAUCAUUAAACAGUUUUUUGUUUUAUGUAUUAUAUAAAUAUAUUACAAAUGUAUAGGUUUAUUGUAUUUUAAGAAAUGAUUUCUAGAUCUUCUUGGCAGCAAAAGCUUAGGUUAAUUGUGCCUCUUGGUAACUGUUAUCUAUUUGUGCUGUAUCAGUACCAGAGGGGUUCAAUAUGAACACAUGGAAACUAGCAAUGAACAUGUAUCACAUCCAAACUGUGUCUUAUAAGUUACACUAUUUCUUGUAACUAAUAUGUGUUCAGAUAUUGAUUUACCAGAAUUCAUAACAAAGAUUUAUGUACAUUUUUCACACAAUGUUUUAAAUUUUCUGUAGUAUGUUGCACGUGGCAAGUUAUCUUUGGAUAAUGCAUUAUUGUGAGUUAUAAGCGGAGAGAGAAAAUGAUAAAUCUUGAGGUAAGGAACAAUUCAUGUAAGUUUGUAUUUACAAAGUGUUCCUUUACCACAAGGCUUUUUGUUUUCUGUACUAGUCAUAUCUGAUUUUGGAAAUAAUCUUGUGCCAUCAUUCUACUUUGUAAAUAAAGACCACAGUACACAAUUCAUUUUACAAAUACACAAACUUUGUUCCAGCUGAGUUUCUUGGUAAGUGCUGCACAAGCCUAGUUUUUAAAUUACAUUGCUAAUUCGAAAAUCACUUCCCUUUGUCACGGAUUGUGUACAGUGCAGUAUUUCUUGUUUAGAUGUUGUAACCCAAGAAACUCACUGAAAUGCUGCUUUGGUGAAAUGCUUUUUACUGUAGACAACAAAAAUUUGAUCUGCCAAAUUAUAUUUUUGUUUAAAUAUUUUACUACAGCCAUGUUUUCUGCGCAACUAUGUAUACAUCAAUACGCAAAGGAGCUACAAUCCAUAUUAAAGCUUUUGUUGCUAGUCUACUGUGUUUAUUUGUUUAGUUAGGAAUUAUAGCAUUUUAUUGGAAUUUAUUUCUGCUCAUAAGUAAGGAGAUUGCUAUGCAUCUGAGAUGAGGCUUCAAUUGGAUUUUAGAGGAUGAUUUCUUAGUCUUCAGGAGUGGUUUUAGAUUAUUUAUUCAUUUUUUUUUUUUUGCCAUAAUACUCAAAAGCUUGGGUGACGGGUGGUUCUCAAAAGCUGUAACAGUAGCCUCAAUCAUAGGGCAUCAACAAUGCAAGUGCAGGUCACUGCAGCAAUUUAAACUAGUUUUUUUGUUUGUUUAAUUUACACCAAGAAUGAUGUUUUCCUUUAUUAUCUGCCAAAUGCACACUUAUGACAUCCAUCUGAAGAUCUAAGACCUGUAAAAUAUUGGAGUAUUUUUUAAGCACUAGUGGAUUAUCUCUAUUUAGUUCUGCCAACAUUUAUUAUCUUACACCUUUUCUAUUCACGUCCAAAAUUGAAGGAAAAGAUUAACGUAGACCUAUUUGUAUUUUUUUAUUAUUAAAGCAAUCCAUUUUUAUUUUUGCAGAAGAUGUACCAUACAGACAUACAUCAUAUACUGUAUGUGACACACUCUUUAGGACACACUGCUUGAUUGCCAUAUUUGAUUUGGCUUUACAGCAUUCAUUUAAAAGUACCUGUGUUCUUAUUUUUUUAUUCAUUUUGUUUUCAAAGUACUAGAAAUGAAAACAUUCAAACCAGGCUAUACACUUACAGUAUGAUUUUUUUCAACAUUGUGGAAAUUUACUUUAUAUCAUUGAAAAAUACAUGCUUAUCCUACAGAUAUGUGGUCUUUAUUUUUCUGGGAAAUGUAAUCAGAUUUAUUUUUUUUGUUCUUUCACAUGUUAAUAAAAUAAAUCAACUGAU